ACCCUUCUGAACCUGAGACUGAUGACAGUGCUGAUUGGAAGGAGACCAGAGAACCUCAGUCAGCUUUAAACUCUCUAAAACAUGAUUCAAGAUGUAAGAAAUCAUUCAACUGCUCUAAGUGUGGGAGAAGAUUUGGGACCAAGGAACAUCUGAAGCAACACAUGAGAACCCAUACAGGACAGAAACCUUUCAGGUGCUUUGAGUGUGGGAGGAAAUUUGAUCGCAAAGGAAGUCUGAAUAGACACAUGAGAACUCACACAGGAGAAAAACCUUUCAGCUGCUCCGUCUGUAAUAAAUCUUUUACACACAGUGCAAAUUUACGCUCACACAUGACAGUCCACACAGGGGAAAAAAGAUUUAGCUGCGUCGUUUGUGACAAGAAAUUUCAGUGGCUUAAUCAGGUCAAAAGACAUAAAUGUGUUGGUCGUAAGUCAUCACAGCGUCAUCAGAGUCAAACGGAGGAGAACAGAGAGGCAGAACCUCCAGCCAGAAGAGAAACUCAACACAUGGAAACAGAAGCUGAUGUAGAGGACUGUGGAGGACCAGAACCAGCCAGGAACUCACAUCCACUUUUACAACCAGAGACUGAAGACCAGACUGGAGACUCUUCUGAUCCUGAGACUGAUGACCGUGCUGAUUGGAAGGAGACCAGAGAACCUCAGUCAGCUUCAAACUCUCUAAGGAAGGAUUCAAGUUUCACCAUCUCCAUCUCCGACCGUCCUCUCCAGUCAGCUGGCUUCACCCCCCCUUUCCUCUGCACCCUGCUUCAGCCUAUCCUCGCUUCCUCUGCUCUCCAGUCCCAGUGUCUCUCCCUCGGCUCCUCGGCUUCGGCUCCCCCGUGCUCCCCUGAGUAUCCAGCCUCCCAACCCCCCCUUUUUCCCUAAAUCCCUAAUAAACCUAUUUGUUGUGA